UUUCAACUUUUUUUUUUUUUUUAACUCUCAGACAAACACAAAAAGAGAUUAAAAAAAAAAAAAUCUGUCUUUGAAAGUUGGCCUCUCUGGUUUUACGCCGGUUGGCAGCUGAAACGGCUCAAUUGGUUUUUCUUUCUCUUUCUCUGUUCUCUUUCUCUCCCUUUAAAAUCCCAACACCAACUAUCUCUUUUUUUCCUUUGCUUUCUCUCUUACCAAACAAUAAAAAAAAUUAAUUUUUCUGUUGUCAAACAAGAAAGGUUAUUAGCUUCUUCAAAAAAGUCCCAGAUUAGUUUGCAUGCAUUUAAUCCCUUUUAAAGCUUACAAAAAGAUUUUCUUUUUUUUUUUUGCUUAUUUCUAAGCUUCGUGAUUAUCGUAGCUGUUUUUCUUAAUGGGGCAGUUUUAAGUAACGGUUAAGGUAUCAUCAGUGUUUUUUUGGGGUAUGAUUUGAGUUCAAAAGGUUUUUGAGCUAAUUUUUGUUUGUUUCCUCAAGAAAUAGUUUUGGAUUUUGGUGUCAUUUUAGAGAAAGGAAAAAGUUUUUUCUGAAGGUUAUAGACUUGUAUAGUAUAUAUAUAAGAAUAUUUAAUGGCACCAGCGAGUAACUGGCUUUCAUUUUCACUAUCUCCAAUGGAGAUGUUGAGGUCAUCAUCUGAGCCUCAGUUUAUGGCACAUGAAGGAUCUUCUGCUGCUGCUUCUUCUCAUUACCUGAUCGAUAACUUCUAUGCUAAUGGCUGGACAAAUUCAAAACAUCAAAUGUUUUUAACAGAAGGAGAGGAUAACCAAAGCAAAGAAGCUAGAUCCCCAGCCAUGGAUGAUGAACAUCCCAUUCUCACAAGCUUCCACCAACAAGCACCAAAGCUUGAAGACUUCCUUGGCGAUUCCUCAUCGAUUGUUCGGUAUUCAGAUAGCCAAGCUGAAACCCAAGACUCGUCUUUAACCCAAAUCUAUGAUCACAGCGGCUCUGCUUACUUCAAUGAGCACCAAGAUCUCAAGGCAAUUACUGGGUUUCCAGCGUUUUCGACAAACUCGGGAUCAGAAGUUGAUGAUUCGGCCUCAAUGGGUCGAACUCGGUUGACCGCUGUCGAGUUUCCUGGUCAGUCGAUUGAGUCCUCUGGUACCGAGUUGGGUUUCUCCGAUUGUCCAACUGCCGGUAACUUGUCACUUGGGGUUAAUCAAAGUUGCGAAGACAACAAUAAUAGUACUAAUAAUAAGGCCAUUGUUUCGGUUGACACAAAUUGCUCAAAGAAGAAUGAUGAGACUUUGGGUCAGCGAACUUCAAUUUACAGAGGUGUCACCAGACACAGGUGGACGGGUAGAUAUGAAGCUCAUCUAUGGGAUAACAGCUGUAGGAGAGAGGGUCAAGCCAGAAAAGGGCGUCAAGUAUACUUAGGUGGCUAUGAUAAAGAAGAAAAGGCCGCUAGGGCUUACGAUUUGGCAGCUCUAAAAUACUGGGGUCCUACAGCUACCACCAACUUCUCGAUUUCAAAUUAUUCGAAAGAGUUGGAAGAGAUGAAGCAUGUGACCAAGCAAGAGUUUCUUGCUUCCUUGAGAAGGAAGAGUAGUGGAUUUUCAAGGGGUGCAUCAAUUUACAGAGGUGUCACAAGGCAUCAUCAACAAGGCCGAUGGCAAGCAAGGAUAGGCCGUGUUGCUGGAAACAAGGAUCUGUACUUAGGCACUUUUGCUACUGAAGAGGAGGCAGCAGAGGCCUAUGAUAUCGCGGCCAUCAAGUUUAGGGGUGUGAAUGCGGUGACCAACUUUGAGAUGAACCGAUAUGAUGUUGCUACCAUUGCCAAGAGUUCUCUUCCCAUUGGUGGAGCAGCUAAGCGCCUAAAGCUUUCACUUGAAUCAGAGCUAAAACCAAUAGUAAACCAUGAGCAACAAUCCCUGUGCAGCUCCAACAGCAACAGUAUAAGUUUUGCUCCCUUGGAGCCAAUAUCGGCUAUUCCUUGCGGAAUCCCUUUUGAUACUGCGGCAGCGGCAGCAUUUUAUCAGCAGGAUCUCUACCACCACCUUCAGACUGCCAACAUCGGCAUCUCUGAUCUCCCCGGUUCUUCCUCAACAAUGGCAACCCCGAUGAUGGUAAUGCCGCAGCCAGCAGCUGAGUUUUUCUUAUGGCCUCACCAGUCUUACUAAAAUGACCGAGCAAUUUUAACAACAAAGAAUAGUUGCAAUUCAGGUAACAGUAAGUAGCAACCGACGCCAUGUACCCCAGCUGACCCGCAUAAUCUGACCAUCACAAGUACCUGAUCUACCUUGUUCUUAUCUUGGCAAGAGGUUUUUGUUUUGAAGGCUAAAGGUUUCUAGUUUUUAAAGUAUCUUAUAUCUUCAAAUGUUAAAGAUGAGACACGCUGAAAUGGGCAAACCAUUCCCGUUCUGUUGCGAAAUUUUUUGAGUGUGUUCACGGAGUUGCACGGCUGCCAUUAUCAGCUGUUUCUAUCUUCCACAAAUUCUCGCAUAGGCUUUUCCUGUUCUCUUAUAUUUACAGUCAAAGAGCAAAAAAAAUUGGAUGGGAUUGGCUUUUUCUUUCCCCUUAGUUUGUGGUCAGGAAACAGCCGAACCGAACAAAGAUAACUAAAAUGUCACAUCAAACACUUCAAGAUAAAAGAAAAUAUGAGGAGUCAUGCCUAACCCCAUUAAACUUAUGACACCCACCCAACGAACAAAACGCCCUCGUUUGGACCCCAUCCUCUUGAUCUCACACCCUAACCGCCGAAUCAACUCACCUUCACCUAUUAACGAAGUAACCAACAGCCAACUUCAA